GCCCUAGCAACCACAUCCGGGGCUCCGCGGGUGCCGGUUGCCCGGGUGACUCUCUGGCUGACUUGUGGAGGAGCUUAUGCGUGGGUCCGGAGGCCGCGGCCGGAGUUGGGAGCUGGCGGAAGGGCUCGCCAGCAUGGUCUGAGGGGGCGGAGGUCUCCAGGAGCCCUCAGCACCGCGUCUUUCUCACACUUCCCGGCCUCACGCGUUAGGCGUCCCCCACUUCAGCAAGACAGACGGUGACCGGGCUCCACUUUGUUUGCUCGCCCUGUUGCAUCUUAAAUAGAUCGCUGAGCUCUCUGCAGUAACUACUGAACAGUUCCCUCUCUCCGAGCCCUUCCCCCGCUUGCGCUGCAGGGAGGGAACCCUGGCUCGGGGCUCCUUUCCCUGCAGGGCAGACAGUCGGUCCACCCUCCGGACUCCUGGGCUGCUUUUCCUUGGACAGCCUCCGCUGCUCAUUUUGACCCCCGCUUUGCUUGCAGAAACGCGAAAGCGACUGUGCACAUGGUGAGACUUAGCCUUUGAUCUGGAUCUCUCCCCUGUCACCUUAGCUGACUACAGUGCCCAAAGGCAGAAUUCUGCCUCGGCCGGUUCCCAGGAAGUUUCAGCCUAAUAAAAUAUCCCUGCACGGCUCUCUUCCGCAGGUUCAGGGAUAGUGAAUACCUAAGACACCACAAAUGUUGGAAACAUAGCAAUAUCGUCUCAGAUCUCCAGAUACCUCUUCCGAAAACAGCACUGAAAUCCCAAAUCAUAAGUCUGAGUGUAAAGCACCCUUUCUUAUCUCACAAGGCUCUGUCUUUAACAGCAGAAAAAAGAAGUGAGUGCGCACACACACACACGCCACGCACUCAAACUGUAACUUCCAUCGCAGAGCUUACCGUGGAUUUCCCUGGUCAAAACCACUCUGUUGGUUUGGAGCCCGCCCGUUAGACUUCUCAGUGAUAAACAGAGAAUCCCGACCUAGAAUGGUCACUGCUCGUACUGAGUAGGAGCUACAGAAGUUGUAGCUGAGAACACGUGUUAGUCCGCAGGCUGCAAAGGGAUGGCUUGCAAGAGGAGACGGUGAGCUUGCGUGGUGUGGAUAACUAGGACAUCUGGCUGUUGCCUAUGGCUGCCUGCCCACCACCUCUUGGUUUGGGGAUAUUAGGCUCCUAAAGUUAGUCAAGUGUGUCUUUAUAUUAGAACGAUGCCCACCGGUUAUAGUGAUUGGCCUUCCCAAGGAUCCUUUCCUUGACAGCUACUGCUGAUUUCGGUGAGAGAGUCUGAGGACCCCGGAGCUAACUUCUGCUCGGUGAAGAUGCCAUUAGUUGUGUUGGGUACCCCUCAGUCCAGUGAGUGUGGCACUGAGUAUGGUUAAUCCUCAUCCACAGUAUUUCACUGCCCAAGGCCAUACACGGGAUUAAUCGUUCCGUGAUUUCUACUGCGCUGAGGGAAGUCAGCAUGCUUGUCUCUGUGAAAACAUAGGAAGCUGCUUCAGCUGGUGGUAGAAAAAGUGGAAUUCUUCCUUCAUUUUAAGGAACAGCAGCCAGUGAUCUUUGGAUUGAGGGGGAAAAUUUGAUGCUAACUGAAAGAUCUUAUUUUAAAAAAAAAAAGAUGUAUUGAUUUACUUAUUUGAAAGGCAGAGUUACAGAGAGGCAGAGAGAGGUCUUCCUUGCGCUGGUUCACUCCCAAAAUGGCCACAAAUGCUGGAGCUGAGCCGGUCUGAAGCCAGGACCCUGGAGCUUUUUCUGGGUCUCCCACACAGGUGCAGGGGCCCAAGGACUUGGGCCAUCUUCUGCUGCUUUCCCAGGCCUUAGCAGAGAGCUGGAUUGGAAGUGGAGCAGCCGGGACUAGAACCGGGGCCCAUGUAGGAUGCCAGCACCCGCCACCACAGAACCGCGCCAAAAUAUCUUAUUUUAAACCUGGCCCUGCUUAGGUGGUGGCCUGUUUUUCCCGUCCUUUCUUCUUUGCUGUAACUCCCCUCCCCACAAGCCUGGGACAUUCUGCCUGCUCACUCUGUUAGAAAGAACAGAAGAUUGCUGCUUUUCUCUCAGUUGGCAUUUGAAGAGAUAAGAAAAUUACACUUAGAUAUGGAGGUCACCUGCUUAUUUACCAUUACACUAUCAUUGGCUCUUCUGCUUUUGAAAAGUUGGAUACUCCUUAUUCGCAGGGCUAGUGGGGAAUUCUAGUAGUCUGUCAGUGACCAAGAAGGGAAGGAGGCAACCAGUUAAAGGGUAUUGUUUUUUAAUUCCUCUCUGAAUCAAUUAAUUGUGUGUGUAGCCAACUAUCUCUGGUUUAGAUGUUGAAGACUGUUGCUUGUCAAUGUUAUUUUCUGGAGGAUAGAAGAAAAUUCUAUCUUCAGAUCUUUUCUCUGAAAAUUCUGGUGAUAUCUCAAAAAUCGUAUCACUGUUUGCUUCUCUUUUCAUGGAGAGAGAUCUAGCAUGCUGAUCACACAUUGUAAUCGCUCUGGAAACAAGUCCUGUAUUGCAAUAGGAGGAUGCUAAAUAAUGGAACAUUGUAAGAAGCCCCCAACUAGUGCACUAAGCGAAGACGUACAGUGGAGUUACUAGAACUGCGUAGCAUCUGUCGAAAGCUGUACAGUGGGCACAUGCACAUUUCAUUCAGUUACACACAGACGCCACCUGUACACCUGAAGAAUACAGUGAGGGGAGGGCUCUCAGGAUCACUAGUUUCUAAGGACAGGAGACAGGGUUGGCUUUUGAUGCUCGGAAUGCCCAGACCCCAUUCCAGAGUGCCGGGAGUUUCUGUCAUCAGCCUGUCAACCCUGGCUGCUGCCUCUGGGGAGUAAACCAACAGAGGAGAGAUUUUUUUUUUUUUUUUUUUUUUUUUUUUGACAGGCAGAGGGGACAGUGAGAGAGAGAGAGACAGAGAGAAAGGUCUUCCUUUUUGCCGUUGAUUCACCCUCCAAUGGCCGCCGCGGCCGGCGCGCUGCAGCCGGUGCACCGCGCUGAUCCGAUGGCAGGAGCCAGGUACUUAUUCUGGUCUCCCAUGGGGUGCAGGGCCCAAGCACUUGGGCCAUCCUCCACUGCACUCCCAGGCCAUAGCAGAGAGCUGGCCUGGAAGAGGGGCAACCGGGACAGAAUCCGGCGCCCCGACCGGGACUAGAACCUGAUGUGCUGGCGCCGCAAGGCGGAGGAUUAGCCUAGGGAGCCGCGGCAACAGCUCAGAGGAGAGAUUUUAUUCUCUCUCUUUCUCACGCUGAGUAGAUACAUCAUGUUAAAUAAACAAAAGUAGAGGUGUUCCCCUAAGCGUUUAUUCUGAUAACUGAGGGAAGCUUCCUCUAUGACCCUGUCACUCUUGCACUAUUGCCACUUGUGGCACACUGACUGGCUGAAGUCUGUUUCCUCAUCCGAGCCCUAUGAGCUUAGCGAGGCUUGCCCCAGUUUUGCAUAGUGGCGGGAGCGUGCUCAUUUAGGAAACUCACAGACGUGGAUAUCAGCGUAGGUAUGGGCGUAAAGCUUUAGUGAGGUAGAACUGGUUAACUGGCUUCAGCUGUGAUUUCCCUCGCUGUUAUAUUCCGCACUCUUAGCAGCAGCACUGUUUCCUGCCCUAGCCCUGUGGUUGAGCUCAGUGUUAGUUCUACCACGACCCCAUUGGUUACGCUCCCUAUGAGAACUCAUUUUUCUCACCUCCUUAGUCCUGCAUGCCUUCCUUUGAGCCCCUAUUUAAGUCUGCCUUCAGUUACUGCCUCUGCAUGUCUGGUUCCCAUGAUAAGUCAGAUCCUUUUUAGGAGACUGAACUUUGGACUGGUUUUAUUCUCUCGCAGCACCAGGAAACUGAAUAACGUGGCUUGGAUUAUAAAAAUUUAUUAUCCACUACACACCUGGCCCGUUCCAGAAUCCAGCAACGGCUGCUGCUUAGGGUCAUGGAACAGGCAGGGUGAAGUGGAUGUAGUGUCUGUCUGGAAAACAGUGAGCACUCGAGUGCUUGAAGUUUGGAAAGUGGUUGAUUCUGUCAGAGAGUAAGCGCUUGGCAAGAGGCGAGUAACUUACUACCCUCUAGAAACUCUGAAGGGAAGAACGCCAGCGUUAGGUUUCGUAAUAUUGGUUUAAAGUUGGCUGUUAGAGUUACACAUUUUUUAACUAUGAAAGGAAAAAAACUGAACUUAUUCAUAAUUAAGUUACCUAGCGGGAGCACUUGGCAUUUUGAUUGAUGUCUUUUUUCUUCAUGUAUUUAACAAGAACAGGUUGUCAUUGAGAACUUGCUGCUUGUGACACCAAGCUCUGUAGGAGUGAGUAGCUGUGAACCGCUAACCUCAUAGAGUUUUCAGUAGAUACUGUAUUUGUUGGCAUAUUGUUUUAUGUUUUCUCUGCUUCCCUUAAUAUAUCAUGGAAUUUUCCUCAUGUCAUGAAUGAGUCUCUAGUAUGUUUAAUUGUGUUUCAGCCUAUAGGUAUUCCUUAAUGUAUUUCACUAACCCUUGUCAUUGUACAUUUAGGCCAUUUCCACUUUUGAAUGUAAUUAUGUAACAACAACGUGAAGAAUAUUCUGGUGUGAUAGGUAGGUUCCAAGAUGCCCUCACCCUUGUGUAAUUCCCUCCCAUUAACAAGAUCACGCCCACAUUCUGUUAUGUUACAUGCAAAGCAGUCUGAUGAUGGAAUUAAGGCUGCUAAUCAGUGGAUUUGAAUUAAUCAGAAGGAAGAAAUCUGAGUGGGCCUAACCUACUCACUCAAGCCCUUUAGGAGCAAGCGGUUUUCUCCGGCUGGUGUCUGUGCAGGAGGUCAGAGAUUCAAAGUGUGAGAGAUUCUGCGGGAGAAUGUUCACUGCUGUUGAAGUGAAGAGCACCUCCUAAGCGAGCUGAAAGUGACCUUAGCAAACAGCCAACACCAAAACCCAGAGCCCUCGACCCCACCACAGCGAGGAGCUGAAUUCUGCCACCAACCUGAAUGAGCUUGACAAAAAUUCUCCCCACAGCCUCCAGAUGGGAGCCUGGCCUCUGCCUGACAUCUUGACUCAACCUAAGCAGAAUUCAUAAUGGCCUGUCCUUCCAUGGAGGACUGAUGUUGCGGGGUUUUUUGCUUUUGUUUUUUAAGUUUUGGAUAGACACUAGAAAUGCUGAGCUGGCCUGGUUCAGGGAGCAUAGACUUUGUAACUGUGGAGGAGGCCCCAUCCAUGUGACUCAAGGAUACGGCUGUGUAGCAGUAGCAAGAAGAGUGUGCACUUGACAUUUAGACACCUGGACUCCAGGCUGGCUCAGCCACAUUAUCACUGGAGACAAGAUACACUGCAUGUUCUAGAAGUUCUAGAAGUUCUACCCAUCUCUUUUCUACCCUGAAGAGAGUUGGAAAUGAAUGAGUAACAUUUUGCAUGAAAAUUUCUGAACGAUGUUUCCUCUUAUCUCUGGGGCCUCCUGUGGAGAAUUAAUAGAAGCUUGAAUGUGUGCAUGGAUAAAAUGGAUCAUCUUAAAGGAUUGAAGUUCCAAAAAUAUACCAGCAGGACUGGACAGGUUUGACAUAAUGAGAUUUCUAUUUUAACUCGACUCCUGGAACUCUGAAUAAACUAUAAACUGAGCUGCACAAGGUCCUGGGGAGGAAAGUUCUCUUCUCGUAUAUUCUGCUUGUAUUUAACAUUGUUCUUCUUGAGAGCCUUUGGAAAAGUAUAUUUAUUCAUAAGUUUACUGAGGGAAAAAGCUAUUAGAUAGAUACCAACUUUUAAUAAAUGUAGUGAGCUAGGAAGCCGCAACCUGUAUCAUCCUGGAAAACGAAUUUAAUUAAAGAAACAGACAUCAGAAAGUAAGAGAUCUCUCCUAAGCAGCAGUGGAGAUGGCAGAAGCUCCUGCAGACACCCCAACCCUUCCUGUAACAGUGAAGAAAAAGAAAAGUCUGUCCAUUGAGGAAAAGAUUGACAUCAUAAACGCAGUGGAAAGUGGCAAGAAAAAAGCAGAGAUUGCAGCUGAGUAUGGAAUAAAGAAAAAUUCACUGUCUUCUAUCAUGAAGAAUAAAGACAAAGUUCUAGAAGCCUUUGAAUCUCUGAGAUUUGAUCCAAAGAGAAAAAGACUGAGGACUGCUUUUUACACUGAUCUGGAAGAGGCGUUAAUGAGAUGGUAUCGCAUCGCGCAGUGUCUGAAUGUACCAGUUAAUGGUCCAAUGUUGCGUCUAAAAGCUAAUGAUUUUGCCCAGAAACUGGGCCAUAAUGAUUUUAAGUGCAGUAAUGGUUGGCUGGAUCGCUUUAAGUCCAGGUAUGGUUUGGUAUUCAGAGCUCAACCUGCAGAAGCUACAGGUGUACCAGUAGACCCUUCGACUGUCUGGCAACAAAAUGUACUUCCUUAUUAUUUAAACGAUUAUCAACCUAAAAAUGUUUUUAAUAUAAAAGAGACUGGGCUGCUUUAUCGAAUGUUACCUACAAAUACCUUUGCAUUUAAAGGAGAAACAUGCUCUGUUGGAAAGUUAUACAAAGACAGAGUAACUCUGGUGAUUGGCACAAACAUGGACGGCUCAGAGAAGCUUCCUUUGCUUGUCAUUGGAAAAAACAAAAAUCCACAUUGUUUCAGAGGUAUAAAGUCGCUGCCUGUGCAUUAUGAGGCUAACAGAAUGGCAUGGAUGACCUCCGAUAUAUUUGAGCAGUGGAUGCAGAAACUUGACGAGAAAUUUCAAGCGCAGCAACGCAGAGUGGUGAUUUUUGUGGAAUCUUUGCCGGCACAUCCAGAGGUAAAGAAUCUCAAGUCCAUUGAGUUAGCCUUCUUUCCGUCAUGUUUAUCUCCCAGAUUUAUAGCUAUGAAACAAGGUGUUAUUAAAAGCCUUAAGAUCAAAUAUCGGCAUUGCCUUAUCAAGAAAUUUUUAAGUUCCGUUGAAGGCAGCAAAGAGUUCAUGUUUUCGCUCCUAGAUGCAGUUGAUACGCUGCACCUCUGUUGGAGGGCUGUAACCACAGAGACUAUUGUUCAAAGCUUUGAAGAGGCAGGAUUCAAAUGUCCAAAGGAAGAAAGUGAGGCGCCAAGUGCAGAGGGAGAGGCUCCUCUUGACUUUGUUGCUCAGGCGCUGGGCACUGAGGCAGACUUCCCUGAAGGUUUGUCUGUAGAGGAGUAUGCUGCCUUGGACGAAGAUCUGGAGACGUGCGAAGUGGCACCAAAUGACGAUUCCGUAUGUCCCAAAGAGAGUAAGUCUGAUGAACCUGGAUGCUGUACCUCUGAUGAAGAGGAGGAGGAAGCAUCUCUGGCAACGGAACUUCCUGCACCAUCACAAAAUGAGGCCUUAACUGCUUUAGAUACUCUUAAAAAAUUUCUUAGAAGUCAAGACAUGAAUGAUGGACUUCACAAUUCUUUAGCAGACCUUGAAAAUUUUCUUAACUCUUUAUCACCUAAAUAGUGUACAACUUCUAAAGAGUAAUGGCUUGCCUUGUCCUGCUGUAUUUUACUAUAUAAAGUACGUAAAGGAGAAACACAAACAUAAAAAAAAAAGAACUAAUGAUUUUUGGUUUAAUUUCAAGUCUGUAGUCUAAAUACCAAAACUCCCUAGUAAAUUAUAAAUAACUUAAAAAUUCAAAAGUCUAUUUAGCAAGGCUUGAGGGAUGUAGAAAAUAUAUUUCAGAGGCCUUGAACUUGACACUUGUGUGUCGUACGUGAACAGAAUCCUGCGGCUAUCUGAUUCGAACACAUUGAAUUGAUGACUGUGAUUUUCUUUGUGUUUUUUUUAAAGUUCAGAUUGUGUUUUAGGAUAUUUUAAUUUAUCUACUUGGUGUAAGAAAUGAAGUGUCUAUCAAUAGAUAUUUAUUUUUAUAAAGACGUGCUAUAUAUAUCUAAAAUAGACUUAAGUGUCAAAUAUUAAAGUAGUCUUAAAUUAUGUUUCUUAUAACUGACUAACCUUCCUAAUAAGGAAACUUGAGAAGCUACUAGAAAUAAAAUCUGGCCUAACUACACACCUACUGAUUAAAAAUACAUGUCUUACCACUUUCAAGAUAGUGUAUAUAAGGCCAAAUGAAAGGCUAAGACUCUGAGAAUUAUUUGUCAUCUGUAACCAGAAGCUAUGAUUCUUUCCUAAAUAUUUAUAUGUGUAUGUGUGUGUUUAAAUAGAAAAAUAUUUUAUUGAAACAUUUAUUAAACUUUAUGAUAUUUGCAUUUUAAUGAUAUUCUUAAAAACUAAAUGUGAAGAUAUGUGUGCAGUUACUAAAAAAAAAAAAAAAAAGCUGUGCUUUUUUUCUAAUCAUACAGCCCAAGCUUUUAAUCUAUAAUAUUUAACUAUUUCUUGAUUUUACUGCAUUUUCUUUUCAGGAAAAACUAACCAUCCUUCCAGCACAUUUUGAUCUGUUUAACGUUUUUUUAAAAAGUUAAUUGGUAACAUUUUGAAUUAAAAUUAUGUUUGAGGAAGUUUUGUGUACAAAAUGUUUAAGAUAUGAAAUUAUCUCUGCCUAUAAAAGUCUUUUUUUUUUUUUUUUUUUUUUUGACAGGCAGAGUGGACAGUGAGAGAGAGAGACAGAGAGAAAGGUCUUCCUUUGCCAUUGGUUCACUCUCCAAUGGCCGCCGCCCCUGGCGCGCUGCGGCCGGCGCACCGCGCUGAUCCGAUGGCAGGAGCCAGGAGCCAGGUGCUUUUCCUGGUCUCCCAUGGGGUGCAGGGCCCAAGCACCUGGGCCAUCCUCCACUGCACUCCCUGGCCACAGCAGAGAGCUGGCCUGGAAGAGGGGCAACCGGGACAGAAUCCGGGCCCCAACCGGGACUAGAACCCGGUGUGCCGGCGCCGCUAGGCGGAGGAUUAGCCUAGUGAGCCGCGGCACCGGCCUGCCUAUAAAAGUCUUUAAGCAGUAGAAAAUUCUAAAAAUAUGUCAGACUUCCAUUUUUAAAUUUUAAAUAGUAUGCUUAUUUCACUUACUACAGCAAACUUAGGGUCCUAUUUGAAAAGUAUUUGUAAAAGUGUAAAACACACAGAUUAUUUAUGAUGAAUACUUACAUGACAGUACUAAUGCAUUUGAAGGAAAUGUCUAAAAAGUAAAUUAAAAAAUUAGAUACAAAGGGAUAGCACUUUAAAAAAAAGGAAGGAAAUGUAUAUAGAAAGCAUUUUUCUUUUCCACUGUUGAUUUACUCUGCUUUUGAGAUUUUUAACAAUAAGCCUUUUAAGAGGUUUAUUAUUAAAAAGAACUUUUGUCAAAGUAAAAUUGGAUUAUUUAAAUUUGAAGCAUUUUAUUAGUGAUGUAAAAUUUUCAUUUGGUAGAAUCAUGGACCUAAAGAGUUCCACUUGUAACUAUAGUACCUGGCAUAUAUUGAGUCCUCAGUAUGUUUUGUUUUUUUUCUUUCUCCACUUGAUGCUAUUUUGUUAUCUAUUUUAUUUUAUUUUUUUAUUUUUAUUUUUUUACAGAGUUAGACAGUGAGAGAGAGAGGCAGAGAGAAAGGUCUUCCUUCCGUUGGUUCACCCCCCAAAAUGGCCACCACUGCCGGUGCACCGCGCUGAUCCGAAGCCAGGAGCCAGGUGCUUCUCCUGGUUUCCCAUGCGGGUGCAGGGCUCAAGGACUUGGGCCAUCCUCCACUGCACUCCUGGGCCACACCAGAGAGCUGGACUGGAAGGGGAGCAACCAGGGCAGAAUCCGGCGCCCCAACUGGGACUAGAACCCAGUAUGCUGGCACCGCCAGUGGAGGAUUAGCCUAGUGAGCCGCAGCACCGGCCAUCUAUUUUAUUUAAUAAUUCUAGAUAUUCUAUGACAAGUAAAUAUUAUCUUCAUUUUCACAAAUGAGGAAACUGAAACCUGGAAAGAUGAAAUGAUUUGGUAAAAUCUCAUUGUCCAAACUAAAAUUCAGUAUUACUUCAUCACCUAACUAAACAUCCUCGAAUUAUAAUUCCACUGUAAUUAGAAUACCACUGUGCUUCUCAUCUACACUCUAUAAAUGACAAGUCUAUUAAUUUUUGCCUUUGAGUUUUGGGGACUGAAGUGAAAAGUAUUUCAGAGAAGAUGAAGGGUGCAUGCUGAUAGCGCCACUUACAAGCUCUCUUCUAAAGACACUGUUACUGAUGAAACGCUGGAAUACCUUCUGAGCUCAUCAUUCUAUGCCACCCAGUUAUGGGUGUCCCAGUGUAGCUUUAUUGAAAAUAUUUUUAAGAAUUAGUAUUUCCAAAGUGAUGAAAGCAUCUACUCUUUUUCCCUAAAUAACAUAGCCCAUUUUUUAUUAAAACAUAUGUAUUAGGUAGGGUCUUGUGGUGCAGCUAGUUGAGCCACCACUAAGUAUGUUUGCAUCCUGUGUUGGCAUGCGACAUCCAACUUCCUGCUGAUGCUCACCCUGGGAGGCAGCAGAUGAUGGCUCAAGUAGUUGAGACCCUGUCCCUCAUGUAGGAGACCCAGCUGAAGUCCUGACUCAGCCUCUGCAGAUCUCCCUCCCUCCCCCUCUCUCCCUGUCUUUCUCUCAUCAUAAUCUUUAAAAAACAGACAAAGCUACUAUAAGUAAUUGGAAAAAGAACCUGUAGAUUUAAAUUAAAGAUUAAGGUGUUAAUGUUAUGCAUUCUUCUGUGCAGUGUAUAAGGCAUCUGAACAAUUUUUGAAACACUUUUCAGGAUUUAGCUUUUCCAAGGACAUAGACCCUCAGUGCUCUCUACAACGUUCCUCCCUUAUCUUCUAUACAAAGUUGGAAUUUAAAUGUCACUUGUCUUUUCAAAAAAACCAACUUGAUUUGCAAUUUGUUUUUAACUAAAUGGGAAAUAUUUUCACUGUUCUUGCCUUAUAAAUUCCUACUGUUCCAACAGUGUUUUUGCUUCUUUCAUCAAAAACAAAUCAUGUGUUGAAUUGGGGACAUUGCUUCACUGCCAGUAGCUACAGAACUUAACUUAAAAAAAGGUUUGCUUCAGGAUAAAGUAGGCCUGUAGGUUUCAUGUUGCCUACCUGACUCCUCACUUUAGAUUUGAAAUCAAACCUCGACUGCCUUUCACUGUACACAAGGCAUAUUAUCCAGAAGGAGGAGGAAGGGAGGGAGAGAAGUGGAGGAGGGCCUCCCCGGCAGACACCACGGAUGCCCCCUUCAUCGGCUGGUCCAGUUCUGUAGGGACUGGCAGAAAGAGGUGUGGGCCUUAGCGGGGUCAGCACCACAGACCCUGCCGGCAGGUUCGGAGCCCCGGGACGCAGGGGUCUCUGGGGCGAAAGUCAUCCAGGAAGCUGCACCAGUUGCUGUGUGAAGAUUCUGCCAUCAAAGGAUAGAAAGGCCUGGGGCAGGGAAGGGAGAGGGGUCCGUUUGGUGCACAUGAGAGGUUCUCCGAGAGAGUUUCAUUUACUGGAAUAAACCAAAUCUAGCCCCAGUUUUGUACUUCCUUGUGGGAGACAUCGAUUUCCCUGAUCCUCCAUUGAUCAAGUGAGACUGAUAAUGCUUCAUGAGAAUUUAACUUGAAGAUGAAAAUUUUGCAUGCAAACGUAUUCAACUCUAACUUAUUCCACAUCUAAAAGAAAUGACUGGGAAGGUGUUUCCAUGAAGCUACUGUCAGCAAAAGCUCAGUCCUUGUCUCCAGUGCUUCAUCAAAAUAGGACGAGUUUGAGGGUAAUGAAAAGAGAAAGUGUACUAUCGAUGCAUGAGGACCUAGCAGACUUUUUGAGUCUCAAGAACUACCACCCUUCUUAGUGAAGAUGGUCUGGGGUUUUUAUUAAAGCCGCAGAGAAGGGGGCUGGUUCCAACAGGAAAUGCAGAAGGAAUGAGAAGUGUUCAGGGUAGCCGUGAUAAGGCCUGGAACUGGGCAGCCAGGCACCAAAUUAGCCACAGGAUUGCUGCUCAGCCCUUAAGAAGGCCUGCUGGUGGAGAGGCUAACCCUAUCUCGCUGGGUUGCUCUGCUCUGCCUGCCUGGAAGACAUGGAGAUAAGGACUGAAGCGAGCUGAGGGCGUGGCCAAUACGGACAGCCAAGGAUGUAGUCUUGAAGCAUGCUGUAACCCAGUGCUUGGUAAAACAUCAACUGGCUAGAGUCGGUGAUGGUAAAGCUACACAUUGGACGUGGCAAGAAGCAACUCCUGCAACUUUUCUAUCACUGGCACCUGGUUACACUCCUGCCAGGUAUGCCCAGAUGGUCACUGAAGGUCAAUGACAAUUUUCCUGUUGGCAUUCUAUGCAGUAAGAUAGGGAAGCCAAAAUUUCUAGAAAUUCAUCUAUUCAGCUCAAAAACAUUGUUCUCAUUUUGCAUAGGGAACAAGGCAACUGAGAAACCUUUAUUUUUCCUGAAGUGAUCUUUGUGCAAAGCAAUAGAAUAAAAUAAGCACUUCUCACAAAGUAGCCCUUUCUGUUGCCACAUCAGCUGACGCACUUGGCCUGUCUCCUGGGACUGUCAUUACCUUGUGAAGCCUAGGGGAACCCAAAGUCCGGUGCACACUAAGAAACACAUACACAGCUCUAUUAGCCUGCACAGGCUGCCAUAACGAAAUGCCAAAGAUUAAGUGGUUUAAAGCACAGAAAUUCAUUUUCUCACUGUUCUGGAAGCCGGAAGUCCAAGAUCAGGGUGCCAGCGUGGUCGGUUUCUUUGGCGGCAGGCAGACUGUCACCUUCUUUUCUGUGUGCUCACGCCAUACUUGUGUGAACAUGGAGAAAGAGCAAGCUCUCUGAAGUCUCUCACAAAGGCACUACUCCCAUCAUGAGAAUCCCAUAAUUACCUCUCCAUUCACAAAGAGCACACUGAGGGGUGAAGAUUUCAACAUAUGAAUGGUGGGGUGGGGAGGGUGCAAGCCUUCAGUCCACUGCAGUUACCUAGUAUAAAUAAAGAUAGUCAUGUAUUAAUCAGUUGUUUCUACUUGCUAAAAGCUGAAAGGGCAUGCAUUUUCAGAAUUUGUCAGAUGUCGCUAUUAGCAAUCGCAUGCAGCUACAAAGACUUGAAACACACAAUCACAUGUGGCCACAAAGACUUGAAACAUACACUUUGAAGAAAUGGGAAGACUCAAUAUUGGAAAAUGUCAGUUUCCUCCAAGUUAAUCUCAAUGCACUUUCAUUGACAACUUUGCAAAAUAACUCUGAUUUUCAUCUGGAAGAAUAAAUGUAUAUCAGUAUCUAAGAAAAUCUUGAAAAAUAAAAAUGAGGGAAGAAUUACCUAACAUUAUGGUGUGGGCAAGAGAAUAAAUAGAUCAAAUAAUUAUGAUAUUUAGAAAAAAAGAAUUUAUGGUAAAAAUAGCUUUAACUCAGUGAUAGAAAAAAUGGAUUAUUCAGUAACUGGUAUUGGGACAACCUGCUAACAGAAUAGAAUUUUUUUUUAGAGAUUUCUUUAUUUUUAAAGAGUGACAGAGAGAUAAAGCUUCUAUCUGCUGAUUCACUGCCCAAAAUGGUUGCAAUGGCCAGCACUGGGCCAGGCCAAAGCCAGUAGCCAGAAGCUUGAUCCAGAUCUCCCAUGUUGGUGGUAGUGGCCCAAGCACUUGGACGUCUUCCACUGCUUUCUCCAGGCCAUUAGCAGGGAGCUGGAUGGGAAGUGGAGCAACCGGGACUCAAACCAGUGCGCAUAGGGGAUACUGGCAUCGCAUGAAGCAGCUUAACCAGCUACACCAAAAUGACAGCCCUAGAAUUUUUUUAAAAGUCAUACUCCAAAAUGAAUCCUAAAGGGAUUAAACUCUUAAAAUAAAAGAAGAAAGGAAGGAAAUAAAUGAGCAAAAAAACUUAUAGAUACUAGAGAAGAAAAUAAAGGUGAAGAUUUUCAAUAACCUUGUAAUAAAGGAGAUUUUUUUUUAAAGUAUGACAAGAAGAGGAGUUAAGUAAAAAAUUGUUAGUGGAAACAUGAAAAUAUUUUCAACAUCACUAGAAAUCAAAGAAAUGCAAGCAACACAAUGAAUAGGAUAUCUUUUUUUGCUUCUCACAUUACAAGAACAAUAAUACCAAAUAUAGACAGGAACAUAACGGCUGGCUACAGUGUUGUUGCAAAGAUGCACUGUUUAUAAGUUGGGACACUCUCGUGUUAUAAUUAUAGCUGACAUGUAUUAAAUGCUGACUAAUUGCCAUUGUCCUGAGUGUUUUGCAAGUUGCCUCAUUUAAUCUUCAGAAUAACCCCGACUCCUAUCAUCUCUGUUUUACUGCUGAGAAAAUGUAAGUGUAGCUACUACAGCUCAGAGAUGCCAGAGUAGGAUUCAAACCCAGAAAUCCGACUUAAUGUGCAUACAUGAUAUAAAUGCAUUCAAAUAAAAGUGUUAAGAUUUUUUGUUAACAAUGCAUGCAGUCCCUUUGCCCUGUACCUAAAAUCCUGGGAGUAUAUGUGUUUCAGAAUUUCUCAGAUUUGAAAAGCAUGAUGUAUAAUAUAUGCACAGUGUGUGAGUUUUACCCUCCCAUGGGGCAUUAGAACAACAUCCCACAAUCCAACAAUAAUUUUCCAGUGUACAUGAAAAUAAAUGUUUACAUGAAGUCAGACGUGUAAAGGUAAUACAUACCUUGUUGCAUAGGUUUUAUUGCCAAAUAAGUUCACAUCGGGAUUUCUCACCCAGUGAAUUACAAAAAGCAUUUUUCAGAGCUUUCUGUAUUUCAGAACAACAGAUUUAAAAAUUACUGUUUUAUAACACUAUAAAUAAAAGGCAAAAUAUUGAAAACCGUUUAGCAAAAGAACUUUCUUUAGCAAAAGAACUGAUUAAGUAUGCUUGUUUAUAUUCAAUGAAACAUCUAGGCUCAAACUUCCAACUUUUGUUCUUGGGUGUAUGUGCUGAAUUACUGGUCUCAGCUGAAGUGAGUCUUUUCUCAAUUUGACUUGCAAAUUCUAUUGAAAUCUCCUCUUCCUGUGAUAUUUUUCCUUGUUGAACAUCUUAUCAGCACAAGGUUAGAAUUUUCCUUGCCAAGUAAAAGAGGAACUACUCAUAAUAUUGAGUUGAUGAAAAACUAGAUUUGCUGGUUUAACAUACUAUGAAUUACAUGUUCUUCUUUAUGCCUUAGCCAAAGUCUGAAAGAGUCAACUUUCCUGAUCAGACAACACCUGAUCAGCCAACAUCCCAGGGGAAAAAAUCCGAAGCAUAAGGUUCCCACUUGGCUCCCCUUUGACUUAUUUUUUUUUCCCCUAGUUCUCAAAACUCUACAAGAGCAUGGAUUUUUUAAAAGGUGGGACGGUUAGAUGGGCCCUCUGUGUCUCUCCAAGAUUGUCUAUCUAUUAAAUACGUAGCAGGUUGUUGGUGUGAUUAAAUAUUUGCUCAUGCAAAGUUACAGUCUUGUUUCUGGUAUUAGAAAUAGACCAGGCUUUUGUUGUGUUGUGCUGUGAUUUCCCCUAACUUCCUCUUUGUAAGCCACAAAAUCCUCUUGUUAAAGCAAGGUCAUGGCUGGCACCACACCCUAUUUUCUAUAUUGCAAAAUAGGUAACUGGGCCAAAUGACGAGAGCCAUUUUCCUGUCACUGCCUGCUCAGAUGAGGCGCUGUUCCCCAAAGAAGAUCCAGAGGUGCAUCUGCCAGCCCUCAAAGUGCUUUACUGAGAGCUAUUUGUCCCACACUGCGUGCUAGCCAGUUUGCUGUUUUGUUCUACCAGGCCUUUCCAUUUAGAGCAAGUCCUGCACUUGCACCCACAGGUAGUGCGGGAGAAUCUAAAUCAACAGUGUCUGAAUCACCAGGAAGAAACUGAAGCUGAAACCAAAGGAUACUUAGUUAUAUUUCAGUGGCAAGAUUAGUUAUUCUAAUCAACUUCUACUGAUUGGGACUGGGGGAUUGGGAGCAAGUAUAGUUUUUUGUUUAUUUUAUUAUUUUUUUAGUUAUUUAUUUAUUUGAAAGGCAAAGCAGCAGAGAGAAAGAGAAGGAGAGAGAGAGAUAUCUUCCAUCCACUGGUUCACUCCCCAAAUGGCCACAACAGCCAGGGCUGGGCCAGACAGAAUGCAGGAGCUCAAAAUUCCAUCCGGGUCUCCCACAUGGGUGGCAGGGGCCCAAGCACUUGGGCCAUCUUCUGCUGCCUUCCUAGGUAUGUUAGCAGGGAGCUGCAUCAGAAGUGGAACAGUGAGGACUCGAACCUGCAGUCUGUAAGUGGCGCCCUAAUCCAGUGUUCUACACACCAGCCGUGUAUUUUUUCAUUCCUGAACUGUGUGGCAUGUGCAAUAUACAUUGGCUACAAAGCUAAUAACCUUUUAAAAUAUCUGCUUGUACUUAGACUGAGAAAUUUCAACUUUGACUUAUUUUCUUCUGCAGUUGAUCAUUGUCCCCUCAGAUUGAGUGAUUCUAUUAGAGAGUCCAUACUAAAUCCUUUGGAAGUUCAGAUGGAUCUUACCAAAUUCACUUUGGUAUUCCAGGGCUUUUCACAAAUAAAACUGACUCAAACCUAAUGACUCUAAAGUUUAUUGUGAGGGAAAAAAGCCUAAUUAUCCAGCAAGGGCCCAUGAUGUUCAUUAUGCUAGGCACUGAGGAUUUAAUGGUGACAAUAAAAAGAAAUAUAUCUGCUCUUAUGUAAUUUGCAGGCCAGUGGGGGAAGCAUAUCUUCCUCCAUAAUGACACCAUCAAAUAUAACGCUGCCACUGUAAUAAAUGCUCUGAAGGAGCGGGACCUGCUUCUGUACAGCUGCCUGAUACGAGUAUGAGGAUCUGACCUGGUUGCAAGACUGGGGAGGAUUUGCUGAACUGACAGGAGCUAGGAGCUGCGACCUACAUGAUAAACAGGAGGUAUCUAGGCAAGGCCUAAUGCUGGGAAGAGGACCCAUCUGGGCUCGGCUUGGGCAAGAGAGGGCCUGAACUAAAGAACUGAAAGAGAGCGUGGGGAGGAAGAGAGAGAUGAGGUGGGUCUGGCCCUGGAGGGACUGCCAGUAGUUACGGCUUACACACAGGAGCUACUUCUGUAAAUGUGUGGGAACAAAUGUAGGAAGAGAGGGAGAAGACGUCCCAUCUUUGUCUUGCAAGUCUACACCAUAAGCAGAACUGUGGGACUCUGAACAUAGGAAAAUGUUAGAAGACUAGGGUUUGGGGAAAGUAGAGUGAAAAUCCAACAUCAAGAAAGACUCCUUCCAGGGGUGGGGAGAGAGAAAGGUGCGAGAGCAGAGAGACCAAUGGGGAUGGCCCAAUAAUGACGAAUUGUAGCCAGAGCCACUUGAAGAUCAAAGAGCUAUGGGGGCUGAGCUGCCUCCGCGGGG